AUGGCCUGCCCGCAUCUAAGCGCCGCCUUCAUGGCGCUUGCAUCCCCUCGACCGUCGCAACACGUUCACAAGGAGGAGUGCACGCUCUGCUUCGACGGCCAGGAUGAAUCAAACGGCAUUGACGUCUGUCUGCUUUGCUUUAACGGCGGCUGCACGGGCAACAAGGAUCGUGAGCAUUCACGUCUUCACUUCGAAAAGACGCAACAUGCGCUUGUCCUCAACGUCCGUCGCACACGCCGCCUGACGCCUCCCAAAGCAGAAGGCGAAGCGCCUUCCAAGCCUACCAAGCUUGCCAUCGCUGCUGAAAGCGACACCGACAAGUACGACUACCACACUGUGCCACGGUGUCUUGCUUGCGAUCCAAGUGGACCAGGCAAGGACCUUCCAAUCACUGACAAGCUCGAUGAGGUCAUUCGUGGAGUCAUGACUGCCAUGUCUUCCGCACAGCAGAGCGAGGUCAAAGCAUGGGAAGAAGAGAUCGUACUAUGCCACCACACCCGCGAGCUCGUCCAGCCAGGCGAGCCAACCAAGCUUGAGCUUUCCAACCUCGCUUCUUGCGGAAAAUGUGACCUCACUUCCAACCUCUGGCUCUGUGUCACCUGCGGACAUCUUGGAUGCGGUCGAGCUCAGUUUGGCGGCGUGGGAGGCAACAGUCACGGUCUCACCCAUUUCGAAGAGACUGGCCACCCUGUCUCCGUCAAGCAGGGCACUAUCACGGCAGAAGGCAGUGCUGACAUCUACUGCUACGCAUGCAACGACGCUCGUAUCGACCCCAACUUGGCCCAGCACCUUUCGCACUUUGGCAUCAACGUGAUGGACCUCUCCAAAACCGAGAAGAGCAUGACUGAGCUCCAGAUCGAGCAGAACCUCAAGUUCGACUUUAACAUGACAAGCGAGGAUGGAAAGAUGCUCGAGCCUAUCUUUGGGCCUGGACUUACUGGUAUUCGCAACCUGGGCAACAGCUGCUACAUGUCUUCGGUUCUGCAGAGCUUGUUCUCGUUGCCUGCCUUCCAGAAGAGGUAUGGAGAUGCAUACCGCCCGCAUACUCUGGCGUGCAGUAAUCAACCAGCGACGUGCUUCGAAUGUCAAAUCACCAAGAUCGCCGAUGGCUUACUAUCUGGUCGCUACUCUCAUUCGCGGGAGCCAGAGCAAGGUGGCAACGCUGGCUGGAAUCCAGCACAGGGAGGCGAGGAGCAACAAGAACAGCAACAGCCAUUAUUCCAGCAAGGCGUGCGACCCAACAUGUUCAAAGCACUCGUUGGGAAGGGCCACGAAGAGUUCUCGACGAUGCGACAACAAGACGCCGACGAGUUCUUCAAGUAUCUUGUUGGAAUUGUGCAGAAGGAGAAUCGCAAGGUUGUGGCAGCGGGGUCUGCUGCUCCGACGGAAGAUCCGACAAACGUGUUCGGAUUCGGGUUAGAACAGAGGUUGGAGUGUAGCGAGUGUCAUAAAGUGCGUUACAGUGUUGAGAAGCAGGAUGCUGGGUUGAGUUUGCCUGUUCCUAUUCGACAGAAAGUGGUUCAGGAGGAGAAGGCGAAUGGGAAGCAGCCGGCUGAAGGUGUCCAUGCAGCGACUGAAGCUAUUGCUACCAGCACUGCAACAAGCAACCAAACCGCGGCGGAGUACGAGCCAGUCAGCUUAGUCGAAUGUCUCGACAUCUUCACAGCGCCUGAAGAGCUCGAAUACAACUGUCCCUCUUGCAAGAAGAAGGUCACCGCCACCAAGCGCACUCUAUUCACCACCUUGCCUCAAGUUCUUGCGCUUCAAGUUGGUCGAUUCCAACUGAUCAACUGGGUGCCUCAAAAGGUUGCCGUUCCUAUCAUCGUCCCGCUUGAUACCCCGCUCGAUCUUGACCAGUAUCUUGGUCGUGGUAAAGAGCCUCACGAAGAAGAGCUGCCUGAAGACGAAUCCGCUCCUUCCAACCCCAGCGGAGGCAGUGGUGGAAGCGGAGAACCGGAAUGGGACGCAGGAGUAGUGUCUCAGCUGACAAGUAUGGGUUUCCCCGAGAUCAGGUGUAAGAAAGCAAUGCUGGCUACAGGAAUGGGAGAUGCGGAGAGUGCAAUGAACUGGUUAUUUGCUCACAUGGAAGAUGCGGAUAUUGAUGAUCCUAUCGAUUUCACUUGCACCACCACCUCCACCUCUGCCUCUGUUGCUGCUGGUGCGGGACCAGACACGAGCAUGUUGGAAGAAAUGGGCUUUACUAAAGCUCAAGCUCGAAAAGCACUCGGUCUGAACUCCAACAAUGCGGAGGUGGCGGUUGCUUGGCUGUUUGAGAAUGCCGAUGACCCUGGUGAAGACGCUGCUCCUGCUGCGGAGACAGAGGGGGAGAGUUCAAGUGCUUCAAACGUCAUUCCUGGCUCAAGCGAUCUUCCGGCUAGAUAUGGAGUCAAGAGCUUCAUCAGUCACAAAGGACCCAGCGUGCAUAGUGGACACUACGUUGCACAUGUCAAACAAGGUCAGGAGUGGGUCUUCUUUAACGACGAGAAGGUUGUCAAGGCUCCUUUUACCUCUGCUAGUAAGGAGGGAGAAGAAGAUGUAGGCGUUAAAGGGUUGAGUGGUCAGGCUUACGUGUACUUUUUCGAGCGCUUGUAA